GUCAAUGGCUUGGAUGGAAAUAGAGAAAAUUAAUAGGUUUCCUACUAUUUAGUUUCCAAAUUUCUUACCGAAUUCUGAAUCUCCAAAUCAUAAAUUUAGUAACAUCAAUGCUAAUUAACAAAUGGUAGAGAAUUUACCCAAGAAUGACUAACUAAAUCUAAUCUCUAGUUCAUAAAAUAAUAUUGCACUCAUUUUGAAUCAUUGAAAUCCAAUUUGUGAAAAACUCAUGAACUGAGAUAAGACUUUUACUACUGUUUAACCCAAAGUAUACCUAGUUGGAGGUUCGUUUUGAUGCCGUUUGGAACUCUUUUUUUGACGGCAUGAAGUACUUCAGCGUUUUAGUAUUCACUUGUGCGUUACUGUCUUCGGGUAUAAUAGGCUCGGACGCUGGAUGUGGAUUUGAGUCAUGCCCCGCAUUAAGGCAGGAUAUGAUCAAUGUUCACCUGGUUCCACAUUCACACGAUGACGUCGGAUGGCUAAAGACCUUUGAUCAAUAUUAUUAUGGAGCUGAGAAUCAAAUACAACAUGCAGGAGUGCAAUAUAUUUUGGAUUCAGUGGUUCAGGAACUCUUAAAAGAUUCAAAUCGACGUUUUAUCCAGGUUGAAACAUCGUUUUUCUUUAAAUGGUUUAACGAGCAAUCAGAGACUAUAAAAUUGGCGGUGAAUAAAUUGGUUCAGAAUGGACAAUUGGAAUUCACAGGCGGCGGUUGGAGUAUGAACGAUGAAGCAGCGGCUCAUUAUCAAAGUAUUAUCGAUCAAUUCAGUGUGGGCUUGAAGUACCUAAGUGACACAUUUGGUACUUGUGGCCGUCCCAAUAUUGGUUGGCAAAUCGAUCCAUUUGGGCAUUCGCGAGAAAUGGCUUCGAUAUUCGCACAAAUGGGAUAUAGUGGCGAAUUUUUCGCCCGCAUCGAUUAUAUAGACAAGAGGAAACGAAUGGAAGACUUAAGCAUGGAAAUGAUAUGGCAAUCUAGUGAAUCGCUUAGCAACUCGGAUUUCUUUGCUGGAUCACUUUAUGGCCAUUAUUCAGCUCCGGGUGGUUAUUGCUUCGACGUCUAUUACGGGGAUGAUCCAAUUAUCGAUGGGGAUAGUUUCGAUAACAAUGUUGGAUCCAGAGUUAAUGAUUUUCUAAGCCAUGUAACAACAGUGUCAAAGGCGUAUAGGACCGAUCACGUUAUGGUUCCCAUGGGUGAUGAUUUUCAGUAUGAGAAUGCAGAAGUCAAUUUUAAGAACAUGGACAAACUUAUCAAAUACAUAAAUGCCCGUCAAACCGAAGGGUCUCGUGUCAACAUUUUCUACUCGACGCCGGGAUGUUAUCUGAAGGCCCUUCAUCAGCUUGAACAAACGUGGCCCAAUAAAACCCAGGACUUCUUUCCAUAUUCUAGCGAUAGUCACGCUUAUUGGACUGGUUACUUUACUUCACGUCCAACUCAGAAGCGGUUUGAAAGAGAUGGAAAUCAUUUCCUUCAGGUUGUGAAACAGCUAAGUACAUUCGCCAAUCUGACUACCAGCCAGCACACAAAUCCUUUGAAUACUCUGCGUCAGAUCAUGGGCGUAAUGCAGCAUCAUGAUGCCAUUACGGGCACAGAAAAGCAAACUGUGGCCCGCGACUAUGAUCGCCUUUUAACCGACGCCAUAGUUGGAGCUGAAACAAAUGCUCGUGAUGCCCUUAGGAUUCUAACCAAUCUUACCACUGGAGAGUUCUCCAGUUGCUUGGAGUUGAACAUUAGUGUCUGUGCUUUAACUCAGGAGAGUGCCAAUAAUCUGGUGGUGACCCUUUUCAAUCCUUUGGCCCACACUUCCACCCAAUAUGUACGUGUUCCCGUGAAGGAUAAGAACUAUGUUAUUGCUGAUGAAAAAGGUCGGGAAGUAUCUUUCGAGCUUGUCCCCGUUCCAGCAGAGGUCUUAGCUCUUGGACACCGAUCAAAUGUCACUCAGCACGAAUUAGUGUUCAAGGCCUCAGUAGAAAAGAUUGCCAGCUUCUACAUACGAAUCCUGCCAACUCCAAGAAGUCAGGUAGAUCGAUCUGGACUGUCAUCCCGAAGUUCUUAUUCGAAGAAGUGGCGUCCAUCUUAUCGUGCACUUAGCGAUGAAAAUGAUUUGGAGAUUCAGAAUUCGCUCAUAAAACUAGUGUUCGACAAUAGUACUGGACGAUUAAAAACUGUUGUCAUGAACGGAGUUACUGCAAAUAUCGAACAGACCUUUGCCAUCUAUCAAGGAUUCCUUGGCAAUAAUGGUGAGGAGAAAAAUCGGUCUUCGGGGGCCUAUGUGUUUCGUCCGGAUGGGGACAUUAAAGAGUUGAACGAUAAAAUCGAUCUAACGGUAUAUAAUGGCGACAGAGUUCAGGAAGUACAUCAACAUGUUAACGAAUGGAUUUCGCAAGUAAUCCGUUUAUAUGAUGGUGUUAAUCGUGUGGAGUUCGAGUGGCUGGUUGGAUCCAUUCCAGUAGAUGAUGAUACUAGCAAAGAGAUAGUAACUCGCUUUAAAAGUGACAUCUCAUCGAAUGGAGUAUUUUACACUGAUUCGAACGGUCGGGAGAUGCUUGAAAGAAAGCGGAACAAACGCGAAAAUUUUGAUCCCGAUUUGACAGAAGAAAUAAGUGCUAACUAUUAUCCAGUGACGACUAGAAUUUCAAUUCAAGAUGAGAAGAAACGCAUGACUCUGCUCAAUGAUCGUGCUCAAGGUGGUUCAAGUCAAGAAGAUGGAGUACUGGAACUGAUGAUCCAUCGCCGCUUAUUAUCGGAUGAUAAUUUUGGAGUCGCAGAAGCUCUUAACGAACAGCAGUUUGGUACAGGUUUGGUGGCACGUGGAAAAGUUUUUCUAAUUGUUAAUUAUGUGUCAGAAAAACUCACACGAGCUGAACGCUUGACACAGGAGGAAAUUCAUCUACCAUUCUGGAAAUUCUUUAGUAAAUCCAACAGCGUUGCUACCGUCCUGCCAAAUAAGCUUCCCGACUUUACUGACUUGCCACAAUCCAUAAAUCUUUUGACUCUGGAACCGUAUUCAAGUAAUGAGAUCUUACUUCGAUUGGAACACGUGAUGGAUCAUACUGAAAGCAAUGUGCUAAGUUUUAACAUACGAACAUUAUUUGAUACAUUGGGUGGACAAGAGAUUCGAGAGACUACAUUAGAUGGAAACCUGCCACUUGAUGAGAUGAAGAGACUCAAAUUCCAUCACGAUGCCGAUGGAACGGAUUCCUCUAAAGUUAAGUAUUUCACAGCCUCUCACAAGCCAUUGACAGCAAAUGCAACAAUGGAUGAUUCGUAUUUCAGCGUCACCUUGUACCCAAUGCAGAUUCGAACCUUUAUUAUCAAGCGUUAAUAAAAUAUCAAGUGUAUUAUCAUAUUGUUGGAAAAAUAAAAUUUAAAUAUUGUGUUUACAAAA